UGGGCAAGAGUUUUAUUUUGGAAUUUUCUUCUGCGCCGCUCGGUCUCUCCAUCAUUCUGGUUGGAGCCGUCGCCCGGUACGGACGUGUUUUCUUGUGAGAAGAAGCUAGCUUAUUUCUCCGCUUGACUUAUCAUUUAGUGAGCACUGUGUGUGUGUGUUUUCGAAAGGAGAAAGCCCCCCUCCAAAAGAGGAAGAAGAAGACGUGUAAGAAGAGAAGGAGGAAGAAGACGAAGAAGGUUGUGUGAUCUGAAGGAAAUUAAAAGCAACGCUGCUGGUGGAGAUUUGUGGAUGAACUUGUGAGCUAUUAGUGAGUGAGUGUGUGUGCGCGUUACGGACACACCGACACAACAGACUGUUUAGCUGAUUGGAGGGUGAAAGAAAGUGUGCGCCCCUCUCUCCCCUAUCCCCCCACCACCAGACUUCGCGGGCACACAGGUUGCUUUGAUCGUCAGAGCGGGGACCUUUCAGAGGAGACUAAACGCUCCUCCUCGUGAGACAACGUCGUGCAGGUUUUAUUUUAUUUUUAAUUUGAGAAAAGAAAACAAAAUUGGCUAAUGUGUGUCAGUUGGUUGUGAUAAGCCGCUCGUUUCCUUCGGACUUGCACCAUUAAACGAACCCCUCGCCUCAACUAAUCGGCCCCUGAUGAAUUUCAGAUAAGUUUUCGAAAAUUUAAUUAAGGUGAAAUCGACGCGAGCGCGCGCGCAAUCGGAAAGGAUCAGCAAUUAGCCAAAUUUUGACACUCGCGCGUGUGUUUGUGCGCGCCCCUCCAAAAUUGACAAAGUUGGCGUUGGCGAAAUUCCUGACGGAAAGUGACAGCGCGCGUCCGCGCGACAACACAAACAGGAAGUAAGGUGUGUGAGGGCCGCCUGAGGUGUGACAGAAGAGAGAUGACAAGGUGAUCAUCCAAGGAGGAAGGUCUACCAGUGAAAGCCAAUCAAUCGCUCGCUCGCAAGCGCUCGUGACGGAGAAAGAAAUCGAAAACAGUUGACCGAGAAAAGCGGCAAACAGGUUCGUCGUCGCCAGAUGACAAAUUGAAGUCUCUGGGGCUCUCUGGUCGAGGCAGCAACAACAACAAACGCAAGGUUUUUCGCAGAAGAGAGGUGCGCACACGCACACUUGACGCACGCGUGCGGGGAGCAAAGGGAAGCACCUUGAAAAGGGUCAGCGACAUCUCGUGAGCGAUGGGGAAAAGAAAUCGGCUCCUGCCGAUCGGCGCCAUCUGUUGGCUGGUGGCGACGGCAACCUUCGCCAGGGCGUUCAACUUUGACGACGACCUUGAGGAUCUGAUCGCGGAGGAGUCGACGCUGGACGAGGAGGUGUACGGCGGUGGAUCGGUGCUGCCGUCGGCCGUGUUCAACGGGGGUAAGCCGUUUUUGGCGGAUCGCGAUCCGUCGACCGGGGUCAUUGACUUUAGCCACAAGAAGACGAUCAACCAGAUUGACCUGGACGACAAGACGCCGUACGAGACCAAGGACAGUCACGUGAGCGAUACGAAGGACGUCAUUUUGACGCAGUCUUCGCCGAAUUUUCAUGACUUUUUGAACCUUCCGGUAAAGUACACUCCUUCAAAGUUUGUGUACCCGUUGAUUUCGAGUUCGUAUGCGAACUUGAAGUACCAGGGCAGCAACAAGGUAUCGAACCAUAAGAAUCUGACGGCAGCGAUCGCGACUACGACCGUACCGCCCAAGUUCCAGUUUUCACGACCGGCUUAUACGAACGCACGGUUGAACACGACGCGUCAACAACCGACCACGACCACUUCGGUGUCUUCAGCGUCUACCCGUUACACAUAUCCGACCACAUCGGGACGACCGAUCACGACGACGACGACGACAACCACGACUACAACCGAAGUCCCUCCGACGACACUUCCUCCGAAGCAACUCUUCACCCGAUACCCCUACAAGAGUACCAUCAAGAACAAGUACCUCGAGACGACCAAGAAGAACUUCUUCCCAUCGACGCUGUCCAUGCCAACGACCACGACCCAGAAACCAACCGCGACCGAACAGCAAACGACCCCAAUCCGAUCGUCGACCUACUACUCCCCCUCUGUCCGACCCUGGACCAACCCUAGCACCUACACGACCACCACCACGAACCAACCCACCAUCCCACCACGUCCCGCCCACCCAAUCCGCUUCGUCGAAGACGGCGACUACGAAGACGAAGAAGAGGACACCACCCCGAAGAUCAACUUCACCAUCCCGGCCCUCAAGUACGAAGGCAAUCGCCCAGCUCCCUUCCGACCCCUUCCCUCGACCCACGUCCAACUGCUGAACCGCAAGAACGAAUCCAGCAACAAGAUCGAGCUGCCGAAGAACCCGAACGUGAUGUCCCUGUCGGACAUCUUCAACUCGAUCGGACUGGACGACCAGCAGCGCGAAGAUCAGCUGCAGCAGCAACAGCAACAGGAGCAAGAAAACACGAUCAUCUUCGAAACGACGCUGGCCGCGGCCACAGACCGAACCACUCCGCCGGCGAUCGUGCUCAUCCAGGACAACCCGCAAAACUCCAACGAUCAGUACGUCAAGUACGAGGUACACCAACCGAACGGACAUCGUCCGCAGCAACCGCAGGUCGAGGAACAGCAGCAAUAUCCACAGCAAGAGGUGCGUUACGAGGUGUAUCAACCCAAUGGACACCGCCCGCAAGCUCCGUCGCAAGAAGCCGAUCUCGGACAGCACUACGUAAAAUAUGACGUCCAACAGCCGCAGAUCAACAUCGUCAAGUACGGACAGGUGCCCAGCAUGAACAGCGUGGUGAUCAGUCCGAACCAGCAUUCGGCGACGUUCGUGCUCGGCUCGCAGCAAUCGGUGGGAAGUUCCGCCGAUGCGGGACACUUUGUCGGAUCGGUUUCGCAGGGCUCGGCUUCGGCUUCCGCCCUCAACGGACAUCCUUCCGGCUACCAGAUGGGUCAGGUGUUGGACGAACCCAACGAGCCGACCAACGUGCAGGUCGGAACCUCCGUCAACGUUCAGGUUCAGGUCAAACCGCAGGACAUCAUCAAGACGACGAGCGUUCGCUUCCCGAGCGAAAGCGAUGACAAGUACGAGAAUGCGCAGAUCAUCAGCGGAACGCACAAGAGCGAGGUGUUGCCUCCGAAUGGGCACUCCGCUCCGAUUGGGUUGGGACCGAACCAGAUGGUUGUGUUCCCCAGCAAUGACAAGAUCGACAAUACCCUGCACGAGGUGUCCAACCGGAUCGUGUUUGAUGGAUCGAACAAUGAUGCGCUGAACAAGAACGAACUGGCCGCGGGAUUCCCGUCGGAACUUCCGGAUGGGCUGACACCUCCUCCUCCGGAGAAUGCCCAACUUUCGAAGCGUCCUCGUCCGCCAAUGCCUGCCCAAGGACCACCUCCGUUCAUGUACAAGGAGAUCCAGCGUCGUCCCUUCCCGGGAGAUCGCAUCCGACCGGCACUUCAACUGCCCAACAUCCUGCCCCAGUUCCGUCCCAACGCCAAGAUUUCCCACGGUCAUAAUCCGUACCACAAGGAAGCCGGUAACUACCGCGUCCCACCUCCAGCCAAGAGUCUCCUCCCGAGCGGUCCUCCAAUUCGCAAGGUCUUCACCGAACACCCGUCCUCCUUGCCAACCAUGGCCAAUCGCCGUCAGCCGCCAACUGCUAACCGGUUCAUGUCCCGCAUCAACACCGGACGUCCACAAGCCCCGACCUCGUCAAUGGAAGGACCUCCGGAGAACCGUCGCUACUACCGCCUCCCACCUCCAAUGCUGAAAGAUCGCGUGUUCCACAUCAACCCACCAAACCUAAAGCCACCACCGGUGUCCUCUUCCGCGUCCCGAUUCGCCGAAAGUUACGCUCCACCAACGCCGGAAAAGACCGUCCCGCCACCACCUCCGCGUCGUCCGGAAGAACCGGAAACCAACGAGUUCCAGCGUGAUCCACCGACCAUCCUGAAGGGAACCCUCUCCGAAGACAACAUCAACAACAACAAGCCCGUCCGACCAAAGCUGGAACCGGUCGUAACGCUGCAGAUGCUCCAAUCGAAGAAGCAAACCGAAUCGCAAAAGAUCCACAACCUCCCCUCCGGUCAGAAGGUCGAUCUAGCGCUCGAAGGACACCCGCCGGUAUCGAACCCGGCCGUUCAACAACCCCAGCCAAGCUUCAGCAACGACGGCAAGCAGCCCGUCUACGUCGUCUACCCGGUCAAGAGCACCCCCAUGAAGAUGGACCCCGCCCAAUCCGCGAGCAGCAUCGACCCGAUCGUCGUGGGUCUCCGCGGCGAUCAGUCCCCACUUCCACCGUCCAAGAUCAGCCCCGGCACGGAGUACCAGAACACGCCCUUCUCGAUCGCGUCCCACUUCGAGCAGGAACCGAUCCUGAUGGCCAAGGACAAGAAGCACCACCAGAAGGUGCACUUCCCGUACAGCUUGGAACGGCCAGACCCGCAUGCGAUCGCCGAAAUCGACGCCAAACGCCAACGCCACGAUCAGGCGACGAUCGAGAAGAAGCAGGACACGAUCUACAACAUCGGCGAGGAACCCGUGAGCAAGGAGCAGCAACAACCGGUGGUGGAGGACUCUCCACUGAUUUCGAGCAAGCUGCACCGCGUUGCCGAGAGCACGCCGAUCGCGAUCGCGUACACCCCGACCGAAUCCACCUACAAGUACAAGCUGCAAAACUCUCCGUACUACUCGCCGUACGGCGAAACCCAAACCGAGGUGUCCUACCUCAAGGUGAACGACUACGACGAGUUCGGAAACCUGGCGCACCGCUACGAGCAGAGCUUCCAGGCUCCGUUCCAGGCGAGCAUCAGCUUGGAUCCCGUCAAGGUGACCAACCCGUACGAAGGAUGGGCGGUCGUCACCGGAACUCCACCGCAAGCGCUGAUCCAGGAACAACCCCAAGCCCAACAGCAGCAACAGCAGAACAAGAUCGACCGAUCGGAUGAUCACCACUUCGAGGACAGCGAACCCGCUGCGAGCAGCAAGAAGCAAGAAACGACCAACACUGGUGGCUUCCAGCCCGAGUUCCAGGGCGGCUUCCGGCCGAUCUACGCCGAAGACGUCAAGCUGAGCGAGCUGGCGAAUCCUGAUCCGCAGUCCCGGAACGCAUUUCUUGUAGGAACGCAAAGCGAAGAGGAGACAAAGUCGGAGGAUUCGCCAGCCCCAACAAUUGCGGCGGAACCUGCUAAAAAGCAAGAGUCGGCGUCAGCACCCUCUUCUGUUGAAAAGUUCGCCGACGAGCAGGAGGAAAAGCCGCUGUUUGGCGAUCUGGAGGCGUUCUUCGACAACCUGACCAAGGACUACGAUGACAACACGGAACCGUCCGGGCUGGACGACGACGAGGAGGACUUUGACGAGAGUACGUCCCGCGAUGAGAACGGGAUCGAGGGACGGAGUGCCACCUCCGGGGCGGAAGUGACCGAGAAGGUUGAAGCGACGAACGCAGCAAAGGCGGAAGAGGACAGCAGCGCACAGAGCGAAAAGAAAGGGCAAGAGUGAGUGGUUUGACAGGUGGGGAAAAUAGAAAGGAAAAAGGAAUCAACGUUAUUUGGUCCAAGUUUGCCAUGGGACAAACCUGGAUCAAACGAUCAAAUUCUGACAUUGCGAGCGGCGUCGCCGACGGCGCCUGCUGCGAUUGAGACGAAUAAGGAAGGAAAUGCAUUUUUUUGAGGUUACGUACGACAAAAUCUCACAUAGUAAAGCUAGAUUUUACUAAAGAAAAGAAAUUAAAAGAAAUCGCCGUAUCUUGAGUAUCUAAUGUUAAGUGUGAAUUUUCUGGGCGCGAACAGCUUCCUCUAUUUCAACUUCAAUUGAAAACUUUUCUCAAACUCUUAUUCACACACUUUUCUGCAGUUUUACAGUUAAUAAAUGCAAAAAAGAAGAGAAAAAAAUAUUUGCGUUAAAAAGAAACAUACAAGAAGCUAGUCAGCUAAACUUAAUAUUAGAUACUUGAUAAACCAAUUAACUAAUAAAUGAAGCAAAACAAGAGGAAAAAAAAGAAAACAAAAACGCAACUGAAAGAGAAAACCAACCCCCAAACACUCUCUCUAUCCCUUUCUCUGUCCGUCCUUUGACACUAACCUGUAUAGUUGUUAUCAUAUUUGCUAAAUUAAACGUGUAAUUUAGGACUGAUAAUGUGGUACAUGUAAUAAAAAGCAGAUAA